GUUUCUGCCCGGGCCUUGCAAGACUGUGUGUAUGCUCUGUCAAAUUCUCAGCUUUUAGGCAAUUUUAUAUUCUUGUAUUGUAAAAAUAUUUGCUUUGGAUUCCCGUGCAUAGGCUGCGAGUUUUGUAUACGUUAUCGUGAGGAUUGUAGAGUGUCGGAGUGGUGAAGAAAAACAGAAACUCCAAGUCUUUCUUUCAAUACAUCGGUUUUUGCAUGGUUUUAUCAUAUAAAUGAGAGCUGGUUUUAUAGAGAGAAGCUAUUACUUGCGAGAUAUGCCGUAAUCUUUAGUGUUGCUUUACAGUGCAUCGAUUAGAAGUGAAUUUUUAUUAUUUGAAAUAUGGGAAGAAGGAAGUAUAAAGCUCUUGAUGGAACCGUUCUGAUGAAAGCAGGUUAACUAGGAGAACGAGUCUAAAAUGUAAUCCGUCGCGGUCAACAGUAUGGACGUUCCAUGGACUUCCCUUGUCAUUCAAUUUAUUUUGCUUUUGUUCGUGUUGGAGUUUACGUCGACUUUCAAACAGACAGGAUCAUGUUACUUUCCUGAACGAUGGGAAGGCUCGUGGUUUCAAUCUGGAGUCAGACAGUCGAUACUUAUCGAAGGACCAAGACUGAGUAGCAAAGGAAGAUGUGUAGGUUCAGAAGGAGACAAAUUUCUUAUAUUAGAUGAGAAAAAGACUUGUUAUAGAUGUGUAGUAAUUCAUGAAAAACAUAUUAAUGUUCUUCAGUAUAAAGAAACAUACUGCCACAGUCGAGAAGUGUUGCCAACUCUCUGUGGUUUGAUAACUGGUGACGCUCUUUUAUAUUCAAUGUUCAGAGAAAACGCUGUACCAAUACCCUGUCCUUUUAGAGGUCCUUUUACCUUUACUUAUAACCGAGGCCACGGAGAAUGUAAAUAUCCAGUUUCAAGCAUAGACGCCUGUAUUGAGGAAAGCAAGCUAUUACUCAGUUAUCAAGCUUGUCCUGACGUUCAUGGAUCAGAGAGUGCAAUCGAAGAAUUACAGUGUUUGGCUUCGUGGAAAGAAGGCAGCUCAAGAUAUCUAGUAGGUAAAAUCCAUCAUAGUCACGUUACUUCCAAUGAAGACAGAUACCGAUGUUUCGUAUACGAAAAGACUGGUUCACCUUCAGGAACAACAGAUGACGUGGAUUACAGAGUCGCUCAAAGCGGAGACGCUACUUGUAACGGUCUUUUUAGUGCUACUGAGGGAAGUAGGACUAUGACCCUUAAAAAAGCUUUACCUGUCAACAAAUGCCGUUUUCCUUCUUGGAUAGCCAAUUCGAAUCACUGGCAUACUUUGGAUUAUUCUUCAACGUAUAGUUUUCAUCAUAAAAACUCCACGCUUAAAAUUACAAAUGCUACGGGUAUAGACAUGAAAGUAAUAUGUGUACAACUUAAGCAAACCACUAGAGAUGAAAACGCAGUUAUUCUUGUAACUCAUUUUACUAUGGGAUGUCAAAAUGGUUACAUCUGCAUCGCUUUUUAUCGGCGAGAUUUGUCUGUGAUGGAGAUGCAAAUGGGUACACCAACAAAUCGCAGAGAAGAUGCCUGUAAUUCCAACUUUUUUGAUAAAUUGUCUUUACCUUUUGUAACUUUAGUGUCGACGUCAGUGGAAACUCAAAACUGUCCAUUCAUGGGAAAAUUUGAAGUCAACAAUCUGAUCAGAAAUAAAGAAGAAAGUUCGUUAAGUAAAUACGCUCAAAGAGAAGAACCAAAAUAUUUUGAUUCGAAUUUCUAUUUUCGUAAACAGAGACGGUCCAUUUAUUUUGAACAAUUGGAGUAUACUAGGAGGCGAGUGAAACGCGUCGACGAAGAUUUUGACUGUGAUAGCGAUAGCAAUGGGUUCUCGAACCUUAUUAUUGGUUGCGUUAGUUAUGAUACCAUGGAGUUUUCGGUAGAUUGUCCAACGCCCAACUUAAUCACUUCGUACUCUUGUCAUGGACGAUGGGAAGAAAAUGGUACAAACUACCUAAUCACCUCGCCAAACGGUCGUUCGGCGUAUGGCAUUCGCAAAUUUUGUUUUAUGUACAAAGAAAUGAAUUCGGGGGUGAUGUUUUCCACUUCGGCUGAAAGCUGUAGUCGAUUAGUUAAGCCGGGCAUUACUGGUGAAUUAAUAUUUAAUAUAAGUAGCACAGGAAAAUGUUUUGACACAGACGCUUCCGUUAGAAAUCAUCCAAUCAAUGCUUGGCUUAUGUCUUCAAUCUUCUUUUCCUAUAUAGUAUCCAGAUUGGUUACAAUAAGAUGAUCAAUAGAAAUGUUAUGUGUUUUAUAUUUGUGAGACUGUUAUCUUAAAAAAAAGGUUGUGUGUGUAUUCUAAGGAAGUUUGACGGUAUGUUAUGAAUUUUGAUUUUUUUUUCAAUUUAAAACGUAUACUAUAAUAGUAUCUUUGACCAAAAUUUUUUUUAUAAAACAAGGCUUGAAGUGAAUUAGAGACGAGUUUACCAUCUCUAACCCACAUGAUUUUUUCAUAUAUAAUAUUAGAGAAACCCUCAGUUCCCUAAUAGUUAUAAUUGUGCAUUUCCUUAGUAGUCUAUGAUCAAAUUACCAACGAAAAGGCGAGCCCGCAUAUUUUAAUGUGAAUUAGUUUGUUUUACGUACAUUAAAAAGGAUUAUAGUUAAAAAAUGUUGUGUUCAUUUGGGGGUGGAAAAUAAUUAGAAACAAAUACAAAAAUGGCUUUUUUGGAAUAUAUCAAAAACAUAAAAAAGAUAUAAGAAUUUUUUCGGAGUAAAAAAGAUGCGGUUUUGAAUUUUUAAGGAAUUUCCGAUUCAAAUUCAUAGCUCAGUUUCGUGACACUUUGAAAAAUCUAUAAAAAUUGGUAACAUGGAUUUUUUUAAACUAUUUUUCUUUUUGAUAAGUGUGUUCAAAGUACUGCUUAACCUGGCUUGCGAAUCGUCCACAAGACGUCAAUUUAAGUUUAUAUACAACUGGUACUUGGUCUCCUUCACAAUGGCAUUCUGUCCUUUGACUUAGAGCACCAUCCUGUAAUUCGUAUAGAUCCGAGAUCAUUCCUGACAUUAUCCAACCAUCUCAUUGUUGGAAUCCUUCUUCUCAUAUUGUACACUUUAACAUUCAGAACUUUUUUUGACAUUCUAUAUGUCCAUUGGAUUUUUCGAGCUUUGAUGAAACAAACGUCUUGGUUCUGUAGGAUGACGCUUAUCUCAAAGUAAUAUUGGAUUCUCCAUCCAUUUCCCACUCUCGCACAUUCAUAUUUUUUCCUGGAGACUUUUUCUUAAAAUCUAUUUAAUCUUUCUUUGUCGCAUCCUGUCAGUGUCCAUGUUUCACCACCAUAUGAGACUAAUGGGCCCAUAAAAGUUUUAUAGAUACGCAUUUUGGCAGUGCAGUUUAGAAGUUUAGUCUUCAGUAGACUCAGAUUUGCAUAGUAGACCCUGAAUCCAGCUUGUACUUAGGUGUCUAAUGCUUUUACAACUGCUGCGUUCAUAAAUAAGAGGAAGCUAAGUUUUAUGACCUUUAACUUCCCGACAAUUAGACUUAAUUUUAAUCAAUAUCAUUUCAUACUUCAAGAACAACAAAACUUAAUGUUGAUGCAUCAUGUUUCAACUUGUCAUUGUUUGUCCCUUUGUCCCCCAUUCAAGUGAUUGCUGCUAUAAAAAUUUAUCAACUAUAUUUUUUGAGCACACCUCGUAUCUACGAAAUCUAAUGAGAAAUAAUAGAAAUAUCUUUCACCACAAUUUGAAUGUUUCAAUAUAUUUGAAUAAUAUUUUUCUCAACGUUUGCACACAUUAAAACAUUUUUCAUCAAUUUCAACAAACAGCAAUUUUUAUAAAAAUUAUUUAAAAAAUAAUGUAUAAUUUGUAUAGGUAUAAAAUUACUUGUUAGACAUUGUGGGUAUGUGUGAAAAAAAAGGUGAAAAUUUCACUUCAUUUUAUUUUUCCUAUUCUUUUUUAAAUAUAGGACUAGAUUGAGCUAUAAUUUCAAAUGAUUAUUGUAAACAUUUCAACUUCUAUUGUAACUAUAUCAAAAUUGAUUAGACGAUUUUUUAAUAAAUUCUUACUUCAACAUUUUUUAUCAAAGCUUUUUUCAUAACUUUAUAUUUGUGAGAUAUUUUCGAAACAUUUAUUUUGUCGGUAAUUCAAAAGUUUUCACCUCAUUACAAAUUUUUUAACUAUUAAAUAUUUCAAAUAUAUGCUAAAAUGAACUUAGAGGGUGUGUCAAUGGGCCUGUGGUAUUUUGUAUGACAGAUGUUUUUGGAUAAAAAAAUUAAUGUAGCUUUAAGCUCUAAUUCACUUUGUUCAACGUUUCUCCAAUUCUUUCAUCCCUUCAAAAAACAAUAUUUAUCGCAUUUGGAAGAAAGAAAUAUAACUCGUGACUAAAUUAAAAGAAUUGGACAUCAAUCCAUAGUCCAAGUCAUGGAAAUUGGACCCUUGCAGUGCAAAAAAACUUUUUUCUUAUGCAACUACCGUCUUUUUGCUUUUCAGAUGCAGUAGGUUGUCAUAAUACUGAUCAUUGAUGGUGGCACCCUUUCAAAGUGAUUCAACGUGGAUUAUACAAAUAAAUCUAUCUAUAUUGGUUUCGUGGUCGAUUGUUAGCAAUAUAGGAGUAUUCCGUUGACGUGUGAGAUGCCUAUGGCUUCCAUAAUGACUCUCACUUUCAAUCUAUUAUCAGCCAACACCAUACCGUGAAUUAUUUCAAUUGUUUUGGGAGUAGAGACUCAACUAGGCGCCUAGAACUGUCUGCAUUUUCCGUGUUUGUAAGAAAUUCAGUAAACCACUUUUCCACCAUUGAAAUUGAUAGUGCAGAAGUACCUUGGUAUCAAACUCUCUUGAUAAAAGAUAUUUUGUUCAAGACUCUACAUCUCAUCGUUCUGCCCAGAAAAUAAGACUCCUACCAAAGAGGCUAUUUUCCUAAGGUUUUUGUGUUCCAUUUCCCAAGGUGUUAAUACUACUCCUUCAAAGUACUUGAGCCUUUUAGUAAUAUGAGUAGAACAUUGGUAGUGUGCUUCCAUGGUUUGCUCACAGAAUCUGCAGUUGUCCUCUGCCAUGCCUAUCGUCUUAAGGUGUUUGACGGAGAAGGGAACUGUCAAAAGACUGAUCACCAGUUUGAUAUAGCUUCUUCACAAUAAGCUCUUAAGACUUCUUAGCUGGUAUGGUUAUAAUCUUUUGAAUUGUCUGGCAUCUGAUUGUUUAGCCAUCCGUUCAGAUCGUUAUUGAUGUGCAUCUCAUGAGGCCACACUAGGGCUCUGGUCCUAGGUAUGGAGUUCUUGCCUAUUUUUUGAUAAGGAUGUCUGCUUCCUCAUUCCCUGGUAUGCCAUCAUGUACAUUUGAUCCAUUGGUUUAUCACUGCUUUCUAGCUUUCAGUUCUAGGAUUCUUAGGUGACCUGUUAGAUCGUCCAGCUUCAAUUUUACUGUCAGUAUUAGCCUGUGGGCUUGGCUAAAUCUCUCUUUCUUCACUAUUAGUUGCGUUUAGUAGCGCCUCUAAGGCUGUGGCGGGGCAGGUUGACAUUGCCCCUGCAAUACCUAGAUAAAUUAGCUUUUGAAUCUUGUUCAGUUUUGUCUGAGAUGUUGUUUGUUCAAAUUUUGGCCACUAAACAAGCGCUGCGUAUGUGGUCAUGGGUUUGAUGUCUGUUUGGUAUGUUCUAGUACUCAUGUCCCUUAGGAUAGGUGCUCAUAUAUUUGGCUUCUUUCCUGUAAAUGGGACCAGCAUUUUUUUCUGGGGUUGAUCAAGAGAUACUCUCAUUACCCCAGUUUUUAUUUGUGUUUAGGGUUGUUUGCAUCCGGGGGAGAUUAUGCCUUCAUGCUUGCCUCUUCCUAACACCACCUUACCAUCCGCGUAGGCUAGAGCUGUAGAUCCAGCGAUGCUAAGUUUAGUGAAGAUUUUGUUUACUACCAAUGCAGGGGUCAUGGCACGCCUUGUAAACAUCCCUUUACUGUAGGAACAGUGGAAGUGUUUCCGAUCUUCUAAUGCUCUUUUGAUAGAUUGAUGUAAAUGUUUGUCAGAGCAACAUCUUUGCUCUCAAGAGCCUUUUCUAUCUCUUUAACUAGAUAAUGUAGUACACUUGCCUUUUGGUAAGCAAAUUGUUUAGUGUGAAGUAGCUUUCUUGCGAGAACUGAGCUUCUAAGGUAUUUUUCUAUGGCUUCCUCUUUAAUUUUUAAGGAAAAGAAGGCCAGGCAGAUCGGGCGAUAAGUCUUCUGCUUGUUUCUGCUUUUUUUACCUUUCGCCACAUUUUGGGUAUGUAGCCUAGAAUCAGGCUGACUUCAAAAUGCUUUUGAAUAUGUUUCUUCAAAGCCUUUCUGUAGCAUGAUUGGAAAAAUGCCGUCUUUGUCAGGUGAAUUGUAGGGCUUGAAGCUCUCAAUCGCCCACUUGAUACUGUUUAUUGAAAAGAUUUCUCGGGCUUAAAUUUUCUUCUGUUAAAGGUCAUUCAAAUUUUGACAAGAAUAAAGUCGUUCCAAUUUUGACAGGAGUCAAAUGACAGAUGCCUAAAAAAAAUCACGUAUUUGUUGACUCACCCUCGUACAUUUAAAUUGUGGACCUGUUUUAUUGUUUAGUAAUUUUGAUUUAAAUCAAAGUAACUUCUCUUCACUUCACUUCACUUUCGGUCUACAUAGAAAAAAUGUAUUGAGUUUGAAUUAGAGUUAAAAGGUAACAAACCGUUGAACUUGAACAGAAUUAGCUUACAUUUCAUUUUAUAUGAUCAUUUUACUUUGUAAAUUAGAAACUGUGCCUAUUCAUUAGUUUGUUUGGUCAUAACAUUGAGGUUAGUAUACAUCUUGAAGUAUAGAAGUUACUUAUAAAUUUCAAGGUGUGAUUUAUACGGUUUCUACCUACCAAUCCUUUAAACUUGAAAAGAAUUAGUUUUAUUGACAGAUGUAUCAACUUAUAUUUAGUUACUCUUCCAUGAAAACUUUGGAAAUAAUUCUUUGAAGUCGCGAAAGCCAUCCACUAAGUAGGUACUAGAGAUUUGCGUCGACCAUAUUGUACAGUGUAGUACUUGUAUAUUAUAGGAAUAAUAUGAAUGAAAAAACAGUUUAUAUUUCUAAAUAGUUAUUUUUUUUUUCUAACAACGUCUCCUCUUGAUAGAAAUCGAUAUAUAUUUAGUUACUGUCCCCAGAAAAAAUGAGGUUAGAAAAAAUACUUGGGAUUCACAAGGUGCAAGAGCGAUCUAUCGAGUAAAUACAAAUGGGCAUCCGCCAUAUUGUUGUAUUUAAAAGGAAUUAUGUCAAUAAACACAAAGAUAAGUUAUAUUUCCGAGAAAAUUACAGUUAGUUAAAUAGUUAUUUUUUCCUUUUAAAACAAUACAUCCCUAGAUAAAUGAAUCGAUCGAUAUAUACCUACUUACCGUCAUUUUUUUGAGAAAUUAUGUGAAUCAACUAACAGUUGGGUUAGGUUUCUGGACAAGUAACUAAAUGUGUAUAAAAAAUACAGAUCCUGAAGUUUAUUUUUUCUUCAAAGAAGGGUUAAUCUCUUGAAAGAAAAAAGUAGAAACCAGUUCUCUUGCUUUAUCAUUUACUUUACAGUAAAAUUGAGAUUAAAACUAAUUUUUUAAGUUGACUAUUUGAUUUUUAUCCAUAUUUUUAUGUGAAAUAAAUGGGCGCAGUUGAUUUGUACAUUUUAAAAAGCAGUAUAGUUUAUACUUAAAACUGUGAUUAUUACAAUAUAGUAUCGAUUGUAAAAUUUUAUCUUUAAUGUUUCUUGUAGGAUAAGUUAGAGUAGGUAUCAAUAUACCCCAAUUUUAGGUAAAAUUUUGUAGCCGUGUUUUAUGUCUCAUCGUCAACAUGAAAUAUUUUAACCAAAAUUAUCAGUAUCAAUGUUUAUGCUAGAUUUUUUUUAUUGGUCAAGAUUUUGGAUGAAUUUAAUGUGUGAAAUUAACUAAUGCAAAUGUUUUUCCUUUAUUUAUGUUUUUUUAAGAGAUUUUACAUUAAUGGUGUAUUCCAAUAAGCACUCACGACCAAGGUCUUUCUUGUUCCACUUAGUCCAGAGUGGAAUGGAUUAUGAAACGUUGUAAGCGUUGGGGUAGGUAAUAACAAAUGGCAAAAGAGAAAAUACAGCAAAACCUUUACGAGGUUAUGUUACGAUUUGUUAGUUAGUUAGUAAUUUUUGAGUUGGGUAUUUAACAAGUUUACAUUAAAGUAAAAUCAAAAUGUCUUCUGUGGUUGAAAAUUCCAUCAUCAAUUGUCACUUCAACCCAUCUCUUCGCAUAGGUCGUCGUGAGCGUUAGUCAUGACGUCAUUAGUGACAUUUUCUCCGCAACCACAACGAUUCUAGUUGCCAUGUGGAACUCACAAAGAACUACUUCUGGCACUGAGACCGCUUCGUGGAACGCAACAUAUAUAAAUUGAUAUCAUUGACGUAUUCCGUUUCCAAUACCAACUAUAUUGAGGACGACAGAACUCUUUGUACCAGUUUGUAAAGUCGUCAAGUUAAAAUUGUUACAGAUAUGGAAGUAUUUGCAUUUUUUUAUGUAUAUAAAUUCAAGUUAUAUCGAUUUUUAUUUACUACUUUAGUAGUCAGGAAUACACGUACUGAACACACUGUUUAUGCUACCGCUACACCAAUACUCACAAUUACCCUGUCUGUCGGGCGUUUCGAUAAACAAGUCAUCAUCUUCAGAGACUGAAAGUGAACUGUUUACUAUAGGUGUAGUGAUAGUGGAACUGAAGACCGAAGGUAAACAUUACACCAACAGUAAACAGUUUACCUUUAGUCUCUGAUGUCAAUAAGUUGGUUAUCCAAACAUGCGUCAGUGUAAUUGUGCGUGUUGGGGUAGUGGUAGGGUUAACAGUGUGGUCAGUAUGAAUAUCACCAACGAUUCCAAAAAUUUCUACAUAUUUUUACAUUACCUUGAAGGAUAUAAAGAUAAAUUGAGUUUGGGAUAAUAUUUGAAUUUAUAGAAUUGAAAUAUUCAUUAUAAUACCUACUUUUAGGAGUUCACUAAAUGAAAAUGUUAUGAGAACAUUACCAACAAUUUUUAUCUUUAUAAUAACUCGUAUUUUGUCAAAAUUGCUUUUUUCUUUUCGUCAAUAAUUCAUCAAGUACAGGUUGAUGGUUUUUAUUAUUUUGUAGUAUAAAAAUUGAUACUUAUAAUCUUAAUCUUAUUAUGACGGAAUACAAAAUCAAACUUCUGAAGUAACGUUUUUAUUUAACAAAUCUUUUCAUUUUUAUCGCGCCUAACAAAUAAUAAUUUUUCUUACAAAUAAUCAAACAUUUUUUAUUCCAAAUCAAAGUUUAUUCUUCCUGUUUUUUUAGUCUAAGAUUAUUAAAAGUGAUGGAUUUUAAUAAACUUGUACUAGUCACAAUUGAAUGCUCAUAGGGAAAAUACAUUCUUACUACUUCAAAUUGGCGAAAGUUGACUUUUUGCGAUGCUUUGCAAACUAAUCUUUUUUCUCGCCCUAUGAGGUGUGGUGUGCAGUGCCAUGCAUCCGUGUGGGACUCUCACCUCACUAAACUACCCCUUCACAAUAUUAUUAGUAUGAAAUUGAACAUCUAUUCAAUACUCUAAUCGUUUUUAUUAUUAUGCUGUUCACUGAUGGUAAUUCCUCUUUUUUUAUUUCAUUUUCCUUUUAUCUUCAUCCCACACCUCCGCCAGUCAAAAAAAACAACCUAUCGAGUAAUAAGCGUUUGAAAUAAAUUCUAACUUCGAUUUUUACUUUUCGGAUGAUAACUCAAAAACUGAUGAGGUUACCACAAUAGUAACUAUUUAUAUGACAUUAUUAGUGAUAAAAUUUUAAAGUUUUCUAGCACCAAUGGUGUAUGUCGUGUGCAGCGGGUCAUCAGAGCAUAGUCCGUACUUUUCUUUAUUUUGUUAGUAAACGUGUCGAAGAAGCCGUGUCCCAUUAGAACUUGUGUGAAGUAAUCGAGUUCUUAUGUUUACGUUGUACCCAUUUUUUAUUACAAUUCAGUCACACACAAUCUUUUUCUCUCCUAAUCAAAAUAAGGGUAGAUUCUUACUGUUUUUCAGUAAAAGUAGAAGAAAAGCGAAUAAUUUACUAGCAGUAGUUGACUGUGCACAAGGAAAGCGUACUUUUACUACUUUGAAUUAGUGAAGGUUGACUUUUUGCAAGGAGAUGGUUAGAUAACCUAACAACACAAAUUUUCUUUAUUUCUAGACAAAGAUUAGAUUCUUACUGUUUAUUAGUAGAAGCUGAUGAAAUUCACUGUCUACAGUUGACUGUACAUAAGGAAAGCGUAUUAUCACUACCUUGAAUUGGUAUGAAUUAAAUUUUUGCAAGAAAUCAGUGUACAACUUAAUCCAAUCUAAAAGAAACUUCUCCUUUUUUCCAAAUUUUGAGAUUACAUAACAAUUCUGUUAAUGUUUUAUUGGAUUUAUUGGAUACCUUCAUUCUGCCAGAGACGUUCAUCAUUAUCAUUCUAACCAUACGCUUCUUUGGGACGCCAAACUCCAAAAGGUUCUUUCUUUAACUUGGAAGAAUAUAUCAGUUUUUCUUUUUAGAUGUGUGACUUUGGUGCUUAGUAUAGCAUAUUUGGGUAAUUUAAGUGAGUUAGCGUCCUAGCUCAACUUUUUCACGAAACAAUUGUUCCUUGGAGCAUGCUAUCAUUAUUACAAUCUUGGUCCAAUUUAUUGAGCAUUCAUAUCUCAGUUGAAAUGAAGUAAAACUAAAAAAAAUAUUUUUCACUAGUAUCAAUAUUGUUAUUUUCUAAAUUCGGCUUUUUUUAAUGCUAACUAAAAGUAAUUUUUGGUUUAUUAAGUACAGGUUAAUGAUUGUUUAGUAUUUCAUAGUAAAAAAAUACAAAAGAAAAGGAAAAAAAUCUGUUCAACAUCAAAUAUAGAGUAUAUAUAUAUAGAGAUCCUUACUGAGCUUCAAGAUGAGUUUGAAUCACCGUUCAUUUGACUUUUUUAAGAGUCCUACCUAACCUAACCUAUUUUUUCUAUUUUUUUUUGUAAGUGUAAGUGAAUUUACUUUGGAAAUCAAGCUUUCUAAUUCAACCUAUUCACGAAACAAUUGUUCCUUGGAGAAUCAACAAUCAAACUUUCCAGGUAACGAUUUUAUUCAAUAAAUCUUCUCAAUUUUAAUAAGCCUCAAUAAAUCUUCCCAAUUUUAAUAAGCCUUUCGUACAAAUAAGGAAACAUGAUUUCUUAAAAUCUUCUUGCUACAGUGGUAGCAGUAAACAGUAUUAAUAUCAUCAACAGCAAUUCCAACUUAGUGAGAAUAUUUGAUUAACAAAAUUGAAAUAUUCACAAAUGAAGAAUUGUGAUGAAAAGUCGAUAUCUUCUAAGUUGGAAUUUCUGGAAUUGUUGAUGAUAUUCAUACUGAACACACUGUUUAACUACCACUACAAGAAUACUCACAAAUACACUGUUUGACGCACGUUUCGAUAACCUAGCUUAACUAUAAACCUUUCGAUAACCUAGGCAAACAGUUUACCUUCAGUCUCUGAAGACGAUAACUUGGUUAUCGAAGCAUGCGUCUGACAGUGUAAUUGGGAGUGUUGGUGUAGUGGUAGUGAAAACAUUGUGUCCAGUGAGUCGAUAUACAUACUAUAAAUGAAGUGAAGAUUGAACUGUAGACGCUAUUCAUUGACUUCAAACAAGCAUUCGACGGUCUUAAAAAAAGGACAAUUAUCAAGUCUAUAGGGCAACUGAAAGUACCACAAAAGUUAAUUAGAUUGAUGAAAAUUAAGAUACAUUUUAAGGGAAGAGUAAUGACAAAAGAAAAACCAUCCAAGGAAUUUAAAAUAACUGCUGGAUGGCAAAAUAAGUUUGCAAAGAAAUAAUAUGACAGAUACUUUACAUCGUUCCGAUGUUGUAAUUUUUUUCAUAGCUGUUAUCAUAAAAUGAAUUGAAAAAUGCGACCCAAAAUUCUUUUAAUAUUUAGUAACAACAUAUCAAGAGAUAAUAAUAUUUUGAAAACUAUUUAUAAUGCACGUCUCCCACAGAAGUAAUGUCGUUAUCUCGUUCUAUCAACAAAUACGUUAUUAGGGAUACUACCAUCUCCUUGCAACUCCUUAAUAAAGAUUGGGAUGUAGUUUUCCAUUCUCUUUAUUUAAAUAGCGAUUAAAAUGUAUGAUUAUUUUGAUAAAUAAAGAAAUCGGUUCAACUUUGACAAAAACAGAGUUUAGAAUGAUACAUUUGCGUUUUGGAUAUUUAAUUUAAAUUUUAUUUCCUUGUUGCAAUUAUGAAAUUUGCAAAGUUCACCUAAAAUCUCUUUGAAUUGAAGACAUAUUUUUUAUAAUCGGAACAUAUCAAAGAAUUUCAUGUUGACUUUUACUAUUAGUAGUAGCAACAUUAACUGCAAUCCAAUAUUUUUAUUUGAAAAAUAGGGAGAACAGGUAGGUAAUUUGAACAUUUUAUAUAUAAAUAUACAGGGUGUACAAUUUUUAAAAUAACACAACGUGUAUAGAGGGUAUAUAAAUGAAAUAAUGUUUCAGGAUACAGAAGACAUGUCAUUAUUUUACAAAUUUUGUAUCAAAAUAUUUCGCUUAAUAUUUUGAUGUAAGAUAUAGGUUUAGGUUAAACUUGAUUUGAAUUUCAAUAAUUUUAUUUGGUCUCCAAUCUCCAGAUGAAGCUAUUUUUAAUAAAGGAUAUAAGUCUUUAAAAUAUUUAAGGGGGUAUUCUAGUGUAGAAGCCUAAGUUUUUUUAUUUAUUAUUUUAUAUUAUAUUUGAGGCGCCUGGAAUCAUAAUCCGUUAAGUCCAUCUCAAGAAACUUUCGGAAAAGUAGGAAAAAUGUCACAAACUCAUAAGAAAUUAUUAAUUUUUUUUUACCAAAAAAUCAAUAAUUUUUACAUUAUAACAGAGACAAUGUAUGGUCGAGAUUCCCAAAAGAGUUUCAUAAAUAUUUAAAAAAAUUUAAAAUCAAUAUUUGGACUUGUCGGAUUUUGAUACUAAUAUUGGGAUUUGGCAGGAUUUCAAACAAAAAUAAGCGUAGGCUGCAAAGGGGUUGAGCUAUAAAAGCUAUACUAAUUGUAAUUUUUUAGUAAAAUAUCUUGACUUUAAUUACAAAAACUGCAAAGUAUUACACAAUAUCUGUAUCAAUUUCCUCACCAACAAUAAUGUUUUCAUCUUCUUCAUUGUUGAGUUCUUCGACUUCAUUGUUGAGACUUUCGGCUUCUUGGUUUUCCUAAUCUCGAUAAAAUUUUAGCGAGGUACAUCCCCAAUUGUUGAACUAUUUUUCUACAUAGAUUUCGAAAUUUCGUAGCCAUUUUUUUAUGCUUUUUUCAUUAAGGUUUCCGCCUGUAUUUCCAACCAUGUGAUAACAUAAUCUUUCAGCUCGUCAUUAUUUUUAAAGUGUAGAACACCAAGGAAACACUGUAAGUGUAAAAGACAUGAAAUUCGCUAGUAGGGAGAUUAGUAGAGCCUAAUUUUAAUCUGAUGCUUUUAAAUUAUUCAUUUUUAAAUUAUCGCUGAUUAUUGUUAAGCUAGCCAAUAAGCCAAUUCUAACUUUUGUUAUAAUGAAAAUUUGAAAAUUAUAGUUGCCAACUAUUUUCUAAAAUCAGAUAUAUGAGGGUAAACGUUGAUUCUAUACUUUUCUCAAUAACUUUUUUCCACAUUUGCCACAUAAAAGUUAGAAAUUAGUUUUAUUUUUCAAGCAUGGGUAAACCUCAAAAAAUGAAAGUUGGUAUAUAAAUUUUAAUAUGUUACAAGAUUCGCUUCACCAAUCCCGAGAUUCACUGUAUAUUGAUUUAAGAGAUGCUGUUUGUUAGAAAUAAUGUCAAUGAUUUCAUCAUAAAAACGUUUUAUUGAAAAAAAUCGUCCACUCUGUAUAUAAAAUGCUAGUAAUAUAAUAGUUACGUAUUUUUGCACAAAAACACUUGCUUAUUUAUAAGGUGAUAUUUUUGGUAACCAGAAGCAAUAUUACAAUUAUUUUGUAUCAUAAUACUAAAUUGUUGUUAUAAAUGAAAAUACUUGAAAGUUUACACUUGAUUUUCUCGUAAGCAAUAAAACUUAAAUAUAAGAUAAAUGUAGGUACAAUAUAUAUAUAUAAUAAAUCAAUAGAUAAAUAUGCUUAGUAUAAGAGGAAAUAGAAAUUUUUGGUUUAUCUAUAUAUGACAUAUUCAUUUGACAAAAAUCCUCAAAAUAUAGACAAAUCAAUAUAUAAAAUAAAUAAGUACAAAGUAGUAAUAUUUAAUUUUGUAUAAUUUCGGAAACUUUUUUCAGGUUUAAAUUCUUCGAGGGGUCAAUUUUUCAACCAUAUUUUGCAGAAAUAUUAAUUUUAAAUCGUUAAUGAAGUUAACCACUGUUCAGUAAUUUUAUUAGCAUCGAAAUUGAUCAGUAUUAUAAAUGUAUACUUCGAGUCCAUAAAAGAAGUUAUAAUCAAUAAUUUGUUGAUUUGUUUCAAAAUAUGAUUACCAACAAAAUACGAGGUUUCUCUAAAAGAUUCGCUAAACGGAGACAGAAGAUACGUAUACGAAGAUGGACCCAGAAGUACUUGGCUCAACAAAGAAAACAAAAAUUUUGUAAAACAAAAAAUAUAUUUAUCUUCCAAUGUAAUAUUCUUUUAGCUCCCUUCUAAAUAUACUAUUCCCAGCAAUGUUCAAUAAGUUCGAUACCCUUUUUAUAAUAAGAAUUGUCAAACUCCUCGAAAUAUCCAUUAACUGCCGACAUCACCUAUUCUUCUUCUUCUUACGUUAGGACUAGGUCCUGUAUUUUCAUCAAGGGUUUGCCAGGAGUAGUUGGGAUGCUGAGGACCAGCUUUCAUACCACCUUGUAGGUGGUAGUCCAGGAGGUCGAGUUGUGUCUGGUUUCUUUUCCUUUGCAAUUUUUGCUAACCGUUCAUUUGGCAUUCUGUCAACAUGGUCCCUGGACGACGAUCGACUGGCGAAAAUCGCAAAGGAAGAGAGACCCAAUACAAGUAGACCGCCUGGAAGACCACCAAAGCGCUGGUAUGAAAGCUGGUCCUCGGAGUCACAACUUAGGCUGCCUCUUUGAAAACACAAGACAUAGUCUUAAAAUAAGAAGAAGAAAGUAGCUGUAGUUUAAUUAUAUAUAAGGCACAAUAUACUAUCAGUCGUUUGUCUUUUUCUUCCUACAUGUGGUACGCCGAAUUUUCAUUUUAAACACCAUUAAACUACACCACGACGACUACAUUUCUAUAAUAAAUUGUAAGUCAGUUCAAGAUGUCUUCAUAUAACUAACUAUCCAAUCUUCAGAAAUGAGGAUUUUUCAACUGAAUUUGUUAGAUAAAUAUAUUCCGCACAAUGCAAAGAAAAGUUGACACCUAAUUAUACCAAAAUUAUUUUAGUGUUUUCAAAUAAAUUUAACGUCGAAAUAACCCAUGUGAUAUUAGCCCCACAAUUUUAGAUGUCUAAAAUUUUAAAAAAGUAAUAAUACGUCAUAUAUAGAUAAACUAAUAUGUAUUACGAACACCUGUAAAAAAUCAGAUUCUAAAAGACAAUCGCAUGACAUUUUUUAAGAGUUAUUCCGAUCUCACUAUUAUUUCGAAGAAAAAGUAAAACAAGAUGGUGACGGAAACGAGGAGGUGAGCCCCAUAAAUUUUCCGGUAGGGAUCUCAUAAAUGGUCAUCACUAGAGGAGUUAUUUUGAAGGUGGUGACGCGAAGUACAAGCAAAGACAGUUUAUGCAUAGAUAGUUCAGUACAAUAAGAUUUUGGCACAAACCUUCUUAAUAAGAUUCAUUUUGAGAAAAAAACUUUUACCACUAAAAAGAUAGUGGCGGAACGCAAAAAUUUUGAGUUUAUCGUAAGAAAAUGCUUUUUUUCAUUAUACUUUGAAUACUGAAAUGUUUAGAAAGAAAUUGUCCUUAUUGAAUGAAAGUUUAUAGAAUUUCAUACAAAUUUAAUCUCUUAACUUUUUUAUCUUUUUUGAGUACAAUUAGUUCCUUUCUCACAAAACGCAAAUGCGGGAUUGUUGUAAUCGUAGAGACAAGCAUUAAAGUAGGUUCUAUUUCUUAAGAACUCCAGUUUUCUCAAAAUACCACCAAAUAACUGGUUUCCGUAAGUUCAUUAGUUUUAGACCUCGAUCUCCUAUUAAAUGCUAUAUGCGGCGUAAACGUUCCGAUCGACGUCUGAACGCCAGGUGCAGCGUCAGCGAUCAAUACAUCUCAUACGUAAACGACAACGUUUCAUUAACAACAGUAAUCCACAGUGUUAGCGUGUAGUCGAGUGAUAUAAAAUGAAUAUAAAUUCGACACUUUUGGCGGCGCUUAUACUUGAAGAGGAGGCACAAGACAACCGCAUACGAAGAAAAAUCAUAGCAACAAGUUAUCGAUUAUUUAUUAAGAGGAAGAAAGAAGAAUGUUUCCAGAUUUUUAUAAUGUAACAUUUAAAAGACAACAUUACUAAUUUUGUUGAAUAUGUUCGUGUCAAUCAAGAACAAUUCAAACAUAUCGUUUAAUUUGUGGGGAAAUAUAUAAUAAAACUGCCAUCCUAAACCCAUAUCACCUGAAGAAAAAGUUGCUUGUCACUUCUAUUGUAUAAUGCACAGUAACAUUGGACUAUUUCAAUUAAUAAUUUGUUUUUCUUUCUUUCUUUAUCAAAUUUCGACAUUUUGUGCUGACACCAAAUACUACGUUUACGCUACAAUGGUUCGAAAUAACUAGAGACGCGGUGCAAAGCGUUUGAAUGGUGCCUACAGUAUCCACACGCCAACGUCAGCACGUGAAAGAAACCACAACAAUACAUUUCUUUAGUAAGGAUCGUGUACGGCGUGACACUGUACGCGGCGUUUAUAGGAGAUUAUAGCCUUCAUUAAUCUUUCUUGGUUUUCCAAAUGCCUUCUUAAAAUUGAUGGAAUUCUUAAUUAAGAUAUAUUUCCCACUUCUAAUGACAACUAGAUGUUUCUCCGGGAUAUUCUUAACAAAUUAAAACCUAGUACACAGUUAUUACUUACAGGAGACCUAAAAAAAUUGAAUUUCACAAAUCACUAUUUUCUUAAAUCGACCAAUUUCUUGGAGUUCUGAAAUAAAAAUUGAUAAUAAUCUUGAAUUUUACAUGAAAAGUAUAAAUUUCCAGCUCCGUGUCUAAGCUUUCUGAUAGCUUGAUUAGAUAAUAUAAUAUUUAGGAUUUCAAAAAACUUAGGCCUCCAAAAAUACGGCAGUUCAAAAUGUUGUUGUCCCAACCCGAUUGAGCAUCUUCCGAAAGUCCAUAAAAUCUUUUAUUUUUCAUUUAUCUGAAAAGAUUAACCCUUUCGCUGCGCAACACGUUUUGGGAUAUUGUACUCUCCGUGCGCGUAUGUUUCAUGACAGUUCUAGCUAGAUUUGCAUGCAACUGCUUUUUCAUUUCAUGCCAAAGUGUUUCUAUCGGUGAUAAAUCUGGAUAACCCACACUAAAAGUGGAAUAUUGUCUGAGAUCCAUUGUAAGGCCUUUUUUGACUUAUGGUAUGCUGCUUCAUCUUGCUGAAAAAUAAGGAUUUCCCAGCGGUUGAAGUUACUUCUCUUGUUAGCAACAAUGAUUCUUCUAAAAUAUACAGGUACUUUUCAGUAUUGACAAUUCCGUUUAUAAAAUGCAGUUUUUCCACACCAUCACAGAUGCCGGAAAUUUUACUUCCCGCUUCAAACAAUCUGGAUGAAAAGCUUCAUUUUUUGUCAAAAUUCCAAUUUUUAUGCUCUUUGGCCCAUUUAAGCCUAUUUUUCUUUUGGAUUUGAGUCAAUAUUGGUUUUACCUUGGCCUAUGUAAAGAAAAUUUAAAUUUAGAAGAAUAUGCAUUAAACUAAGGUGUUACAAAAUUCACCUUGUAUGUCCGAAAUCCUAAUUUUUGAGCCUCUCUGUGACAUGUGGAUCUUGAAACCUGCCUACCCACUGCAUUACUCCAAAGUACACUUAGUUUACUAUAGUUAGCACGCUUGUUAUGUUGAAUUAUUCUUUUUAACGCACGUUUAUCUUUGUCUGACGAUUUCGAUUUUCUUACGUACGGGCGUUUAGGGACAACCGAACCAUUUUCAAGCGAACUAUGUUUCGAACACUGUAUUUUAACAUGUUUACAACUUUCGCGAUUUCUGAGUUCUUUUUCCCAUUUUUGAAUAAAUUUAUUAUGAUUAAUUGAAUUUUUUCAUCAAUAACUUUUCCUCUACCAAUUUUAAAAAUUAUACUCACCUUAUUACUUCAAAAAUCUGUCACUUAAAAAAAAACAUUUUGUUAAAAUAUGACUUACACAGCCUACUUUAUUAUUUGCGUAUUUUAGACCUAAUGAAACUUUGAACACAAUUUUGGAAACAAUGUAUAUGCAGAAAAAAUUAUUAUCAACAAGACAUUUAUUUCCAUCAUAUUAAAAUAUAAUUCAAAAUAUAUGACAAUAUUCAUCCAAAACCUAUUUUAGACGUAAAACUAAAAGUUUAAAACAUUUUACUAACAGUUACAUUUUGGCAUUUUAAAAUAAAGUUUAAUAAUUUCGAAUUUUUCUAAGUGGGCCAACUGAAAUGGGACGUACAUACAUACAUACGUGUACAAGGGGGAGUUAUUCCUGCAAUACGCCCAUUUAACUGAUAAAUACGAUUGAUUCCGCUAUUUGUAUAUAUAAACCAUAAUAAAAUUUUCUCAGGAUCUAAUUAUCCUCAUUUUUAUUCACAGGCCGCAUUCUGAAUGCUAUAUUAGUUACAAGGUUUAUCAACGAAAAAAAAAUCGUUUUUUCGAUAAGAACACAAUUUGAUCUGCUCAUGUUUUUCACACAAUUGCACAAUUAAUUUUAUGUUAGUCUUCUUCAUAAUGAAUUUGGAAAUCUCCAAUCUUUGCCUGAUAUUGAAAAAGCAGCCCUGAAAAAAGUCCUUGCCAAUACAGUGUAUUAUAGUGCACCACAAUUUUUAAAUGUUCGUGUUUCGAAUAAAACAGAAUUCGUUCGCAUUUCAAUUAGGCUAAUUUGACACUAGUCGACUGUCACGACUUCUACCAUCAUGUAGCCGACGCUAACACGGAAGAUCGAGUAACGGAUACCAGAAGUUCAUUCGGUACAGGUUUGCGUGAGGGCCGCGAUAAGCUUGUAACGUUGAUGAUAAUGUUCAGGCGUUCGAAGAACAAGGGAAACCGUAGAUUAAAUCCAUCAAUCAAUAGAAGAGAUUGGAGCGUUUUUUCAAAAAUUCGAUACAAUGAUGGUCGUUCUUUCCCAGUAUGUAAGAUAUUGUCUUUUCCUAGCACGACAGUUUGGUAUCGUUUAACUGACCCUGACACUUAUCAGUCGGUGAAAUGUGUAUGCGCUCGUAUAACUUUCGUCCAAAAUGUAGUGAAAAAGAGAAAAGAUUUUGUCCCAGAACAGCAAUGAAUCUUUGGGAACUACAUCUGAAUGUGAUUUUAUCGCAAAAUCGCCUUCAAAUGAUUUUUGCUUUGUAUAUUUUUUAUCCUUUUUAAUAAAAGCAACAAAGAUGAAUAGUAUAAUAUAAUUCAUCUAUCGAUAUUUCUUUUUUAAUACCUGUUAGUUUAAUCUACAAGUUUAAAUAGAUGAAAUUUGACAUACUAUUACAAAAAUUAUGUGUAUUAGCUCAAUCGAUGAAUGAUGUUUGAAUCAUUGUGCGUAAAAAGUUAAUUGACCUAUAAAAAAUUCCAAAAGUGAAUAACAAUUGAACACCUCCGAUAAAUAGUGUUUUGUUUUACGCGUAUAGCUCGUAAUGUGAAUUUUUUUUUUUUUAAUUGAAAGUUCUCUACAAAAUUGUGAAUUUUUUUUCAAAAUAUUGAUAGUGAUAUGAUAAAUGACAUUAUAACAUUGUUUUGUCAAAAAAUUAUUAUAAAAAAGUAAUUAUAUUUUUGAAGCUUUUAUGGUGCAAUCUUAUUUUGAAGCGGAAAAAUUUACGACAAUUAUUUUGUUAAUUAAUAAUAUACGAACUUUUUUCAGUAGACGAAAAACCAAACACUAUUAUUUUUUGAAGGUGUUUAAUUGUUUAUAACUUAAAAUUCCGCAUCGAACGAGCUCUAGACUAGACUAUGUAUGGAAUUUAUAUUUUUUUGUCUUUUAGAAAAUGCAGUUUUACAGGCUCGAUGCAAAAACACUUUGUUAAAGUGCUACAAUUUUGAAAUAAAUUUUAUACGAAACAGAAAAUAUAUCUAUAGCCGAAAUAAAAAGUUUUACAAAGUUGUGCGAUUUGCAAUCAUUGUAAAUGUAUAAUAUGUAUAAAGAUAAGGUAUAAGAUUGUUAGUGGAUUUAGUAUAUUGUAAAAAUAGUAUAAUUGACCUUUCUUAUAAAUACCCCCACUUAUUUGUUGGUUCUAAAGGCAAAUAGUUGCGAUGUACUCAUUAAAAUGAUUGUCACUUGAAAUAAAUUUUUAUAUAUUGAAUUUCGAAAGAAUUGAAUUCGAUAUAAACAGAUUAACAAAUUAGGCAAACGGAAAGAAAAAUAGAUAUGAUGAAAAAGGGGUAUUGAGAAUUUAUUAUUUCAAAAUUCAUUUCAUGAAGGAUUGUCCCUAAACUGCAGCAACUGUCCUCUCUGCGCCUGGCAUAUUUUAACGCAAUUUAUUUCUUCACAAGGCCCCAUUUUCCCAGUUCAUGUCAAAAUAUAAUUUGAGAAGAGAAAUUUCUGGAUAUAAACUACGAGAUUUUGAUCUGCAAGCCCCUUUACCAAGUACAAACUUUUACAUAGUCUGGUCGGGAAAACAGAAUUGGAAGAUCAUUUAUCUCCUGUCUGGCUGAUGAUGAACACACUGUUUACACUACCACUAUAGCAACACUCGCGCGUCAUACAAUGUAAUUAUGAGUGUUGCUGUAGUGAUAGUGUAAACAGUGUAUUCAAUAUAUCACCAACGGUUCCAAAAAUUCCAAUUUAGAUCCGAUUGACGGCUUUUAAACAUAGUUUAAGACCUUACUGUGGAAGCAUUUCAUCGAUUCGGUCUCUCGUUGAUCAAACAUUCUAGACCCUAAACAGUGGAAAAAUUGAGGGGGUUUCCUGUGAAAGAGUUGCAAACUACCAAGUUUUUAUAGCUUACGACGAGGACGAUGCAGAUUAUAUGCUGAAAAAAUUGGACCACGAAUAUGCAAAAUGGGGUUUGAAUAUGAAUAUGUCAAAAACAGAAUAUCUGCCGGUAGGAAGCCCCUAAAGAGACUGCAAAUAAAUAGGGUUAGAUGAUGUAGACAAUUCAAAUACCUAGGAAGCAUAAUUUCGGACUUUGAACAAAAAAAAUGAUAUAAGAAAUAGAGUGCAACAAAGGGAAAAAGCUUCAAAAAUUCUGAACUCAUUGGUUUGAUCAGAAAAAAUUGACAAUAUACAAAGUCAUAGUGGCAACUAAGUAACAGAUGGACAGGAGAAAAAAGGGAGGCUGUGACAAUGGACUUGAGAAGAUCGUGCAGGAUGUCCAGAACAGAGCAUAUAUACGAAAUGAAGAUGUGCAACGAAGAACAGGUCGAGUAUACACGACUUCAGAGAGAAUACGGACAUGUGAUGAGGAUGGAGCAGAACAGGUGGCCAAAGGAAGCAUUGAUGUAUCAAUCACAGAAUAAAAGAAGACGAAAACGACCCUCAAGGACCUGGAGGGAAGGAUUGUUUUUGUUUGUCAGAUGUUUGAACAAUCAUAUUAAAGACUGGUGGGACAAUGUUUCAAUUUUGAUUAGUUGGGAACUUUAUAGGAUUGACGUGACCAAAAUCAUGAAUUUUCUUUUUCCCAAAUUGAGAAUAUUUUCUUUCCUUUCAAUUUCUUAAAAUAAUAUGAUUAAAGCUUACUUUAGUAAUCGAAUUUUCAUUUCUUGUUUUAAUAAAAAUGUAUAAUCAAUUAUAGUACAGUAUUUUAUAGACAGGAAUACUUUUUAUUUCAAUACCAAGAAUUGUAUAAUUAUUAUUUCACGUUGACAAUCAGUUAAAACGUACUUUGAAUGGUAUGGUGCCUUGACAAUUUGAUUGAGUCGAAAACAAGAUGCUAAAACGAGCCGAUGUAUUGUAAUAACAUCUGUACAAUAAGUGACAUUCUCCAAAUAAAAUUGUAAACAUUAAA